AUGAAUGUACGCACAACAGCCGAUAUUGCUAAUGCAGUUGCUGGAUGGUUUGCUGGCGGUGGUGCUUAUCAUGCCUAUUACAUGUGGCAUGGAGGAAACAAUUAUGGACGCACAGCGGCCUCAGCUAUUGCAACAAAAUAUGCUGACGAUGUGUGUUUACAUUCUGAUGGUACACCAAAUGAACCGAAAUAUACUCAAUUGAGUCGUCUACAACAUUUAAUUGCCGAUCGUGCUGAAGUUCUAUUAAGUCAAAAUCCAAAUCGUACUAUGUUACCUUACUGGAAUGGCAUGGCAUGGGCUAAUGGUACUCAGCAAUUCGUUUACUCAUAUCCACCAUCCAUGUAUUUUGUAGUCAAUCAAUUUCAGAACCCAAUUAGUGUACUCUAUCGAAAUCAAAAUAUCACAGUAUCUGCUAAAUCAGUUCGUAUCUAUGACGAUAAUAUGAUUAUAUUGUAUGACAGUGCAAAUUAUAGUGAUAUUAAUAGUAACAAUACAGAAAUAGUUCCUAUUGUUGCUGGUCCACUUGAAUGGCGAACGUGGUCUGAACCGACUGUAUCGAGCUUACCAUUUGUAUCUUCUCCAAAACCGAUUGAACAACUUAUAAUAACUGAAGAUGAAACUAUUUAUCUAUGGUAUCGUCGGAAUGUAACAUUAAAUCACACAUCUUCACAAAUCUUACUUCAAGUACAAACACGUCAAGGAAAUGCACUAUUAAUUUUUAUGGAUGGAAAAUAUUUAGCUGAAUUCAAUAAUCAUGAAGCAGGACUAGACUAUAUUGACGCAAAAAUCCUUUUAGAUCUUUCAAAUUUCACCAUAAAUCAGCAGCAUUUACUCGAAAUUCUUUCGAUUUCGCUUGGACUACACAGCGGUGUACCAGCAUAUAAUUUGGAUUAUAAAGGAAUCGUUGGUAACGUAUGGCUUGAUGGGCAAUUACUAGUCGAUAAUCAAACCGAAACUAAUUUCUGGCAACAUCAAAAAGGUUUAGUGGGAGAAAAUUUGCAAAUUUUCACGGAAAAAGGUUCAGUAGAAGUUCCAUGGAAUAGUGAUUGGACUAAAAGUAUUAAUAAAACAAUAACAUGGUUUCAAGCACGAUUUGAUCUUGAUCAUCUUAUACGAGAAGAUACCAAUACAAAUCCAAUAUUACUUGAUGCUCAAGGUCUGAAUCGUGGACAUAUAUUUAUUAAUGGAAAUGACAUUGGUCUCUAUUGGUUAAUUCAAGCUGUCUGUCAGACAACACCGGGCUGGUGUACACAAACGCAAACUGGUUGUGUCGAGCCAACGCAACGAUAUUAUCAUAUUCCACCAGAUUGGGUUAUGCCGAAAAAUAAUUUAAUUACUGUAUUUGAUGAUUUGGGAGCGCCAUCACCUGGAUCGGUUGGUCUUGUUCAGCGUAUUAUUAUAAACUAA